UUCUUAAAAUAUUUGUCCCAUUCAUCAAAAUGAAAUCGUUGCUUCACUGGCUUAAAGCCUUACCAUUGCUUCAUUUUCUCCGAGGAGAAUGUGAACCAUUUCAAGAAGUUCCAUUUACAUCAACAGCUGAUAUCAAUAAAUCAACUUGGUGGGGCUUGCAAGGUUUUGAUUUUAGACAAAUUCGAAAUUCUAUCAAAACGAGUGAGUUAAUAACAUUGUUGCCGGAAGUGGAAAAAAUGUUUCUUGUGGAUCCUUUAGUGAGGCGUACUUAUCUAUUGCUAUGUCCUUUAAAAAUAUUUGGUGACCUUUUGAAAAUAAAUCAUUUCACUUGGCUUGAGUUAUGCUUCACCAUACGAAAAUUGCUACCGGAUGUAGAGACGCAGGACUUGCAAAAUGUGAUUAAGCAUCUUGUCGAUUUCUUUGAAGAAAUGAGUGAAGUAAUUUCUCGUUUCAGUCCCACCCUAUGUCCAAAAAGCAAAAAUGAAGAAACAAAAGCUUUGCUUCUUACGUUGGUGCAGAUUGCAAAGAAUGUAAAAUCCCGCCUUUUUAUGACUCAAAUAACUUUCUUUUGUUGCUUGGCAAAGUGUAUCGCCAAUGCCAUUGAUCUUGAGAAGAGAGGCAUAAUCAUGGAAACAAACGACGGAGACCGUGAUUCGAAGAGCACAUCAUAUUCUAAAUCAGAUGUACAGGACAUGUGGCACUUUUUCCAAGACAUAUUUGUAUUAACAAAGACGUUAUUUUACUCGUCUCUGUGUAUUAACCUAGAAGAUUGUAAAGAAUCUGAAUGGCUAAAGGAAUUGGAUGUAUGGAAUGUACUACUGUCAUUUUCUGCUCCAGAUCUCUUUCAAAAUUCGUGGCGUGAGGAAUUUAAGGCUAAAUUGAUUGAUCGAGUUAAAAAGGUGACACCUCUACGUCAAAUACAGCUACUUUUUCUGUCAGAGAAGACAAAAUUUUGCGCUGAACUUUCUACAUGUUUAUCUGAGGCUGCAUUCGACGCUGUUGAGAAGGUUGUUAAUUCAAGUCACAGUGGGGAAGCUUUUGAAUAUUUUCGCCAGGAAAAUUCAACAAGCGCAAUGGAGUUGCUAAGUGUUCUGCUUUAUAAAGCUUGGCCUGACCAACUGAAAGAACAAGAAAUUUCUUUGAGUUCAGAUAGGGAGGACAGAAUUUUGCUAGAUCACCUUCUUACAUGGUCCGUAUGGCCUGGUUUUCUCAAAUUCAUCGGUAGUAAUUCUGAAAGUAAAGAGAAGUUGAUUAAGACUGGUGAUUGUGGAAACUUGAUUGCUUGUGCACAAUCGUAUCUUCUUAGUGUAGUAAGCUCUGUACGUGAUGGUACUGUAACAGUUCAAGUGCUUGAAUUGUUGGUAGAAAAUAAAGCCCAGUAUUUGAAGCUGACCGAAUCUUAUGAAGAAAUUAAAAAAGGGAGUCCAACUCCUGAGUUCUGUUUGGAGGAAAGAGUAUCAGAACUGAGUGAAUUCGAAAAUUUACGUGAACUGCUCGUGCAUUUUAAUAAACUAACUAAACAUUUCACUGCAGUUGAUCAAGAGUUUUCAAUCCUACAAAAAAAGGUUGAACAGGAUUAUCAUAAACUACGCUUAUGUGAAAUUGUCAAAAAAAACAAAAACAGUGAGUUAGAUUUUUGUUUUUUUGAAAUGAGCACAAGUAUUCUACUUAAGAUAUCCAAAAUUUGUCAGAUAGAAAAAAGUAGAAUUUUUAAGUUAUUGUGGAAGAAUUACGGUGAGAAAGUCAAGAAUGACGAACAGGUCGUCAGUAUUAAGAUGAUCGAGAAAAAAGUUUGUGAAAUUGAAGAGACACUCGAGACGGUGAAUAAAGAUUUUUUCAAUGGUGAGAUGAAACUGAAAAAAACUGACGAGUUUUUAAAUUCGUUUGAAAUGUGCUACAAAUCCUUGGAAGAAGAGUUUCGAAUGCUUUCAAAUCACUUUGCUUAUCCCGAAAAGAAUGAUGUUGACGAAAAUCUAAGAAAGACAUUGAAUAAACUGAAGAAAUACAAAGAACUUUUGGAAGCAGAAGAGUCUGCUAUGGUGAUAUUGAAUUUACGUGACGAAUAUGGGUUAAAAGGAGAUUUUUCUGAGGUGAAAAAUAUUCCAAAGAUUACAUCCAUGGAUAUGUGUAUCAAAGAUAUGAAUGACGAUCUGCUAAAUCUAGAGACUUGUUUAACAGAAGUCAAUAGUCAUAGGAAAAGUUGUUUAAAAGUGUUUGCCGAAAGUGUCGAACUGGUUCAUUGGAUAAGAAAAUGUAUAAAAGAUGAAAAAGAGUUAAAGGUAUUUAUUGACCUGGCCAUGAUAUCUGCCGGUGAAAGCGAUUUAGAAAUUGACAAUAUUUCUUGCAUGCAUACGAGCUGUUUGGGAUUUGGCUCUUUGAUAUUUGGCUACAGUGAAGAGCAUGGUUUUCGUGAACUGAUGGAACUUUGCAAGACUCUCUGGCAAGUGAUUGAUGCCAAUCCAACCAUUGACAAAAAGCUAGAAAUAACCCGAAAAAAUCUUUCUUGGCUGAAGCAAAUCAAAGAGUCACAUGGCUCAGUUGCAUCGACAACAAUGCUCCUAGUACAAACUAUAAAUUCAUCUGGUAUUUACUACAUUGCUGACAAAGAAAAAUUAAAUAUGGUAACAAAAAGUAGUAGUACCCCUGACAACGUCGUGGCUCUUGUUAUUCCAAAAGAUAGUGAUCGAGAGGAAAAGAUAUACACAUUCGACGAAAUUAAGGAUAUUCAAAGCAAGUUGAUGCUGAUUGCAGGAAAAGCAGAAAAUGGAAAGGAAGAAGUCGACCAAUUUAAUGAGGUGUUUGAAAAAAUUCUGAGACUUAAUGAUCUUUACUUGGAACUUUGCGAAGUCGGAGAAAUCACUUAUCUUAGCUGGGAAUCUAGUUUUUGCUGUAGUAAGCAAGAACAAAAACGAAAAGAUCUUCUCUCUGAUAUUAAUAUACGUUGUAGCAAGAUGGAAAGUGAUUUAAAACAAUGGAGAGAAACCAUGAGUACGAAGAGACAGCAAUGUUACGCCUUAAAUCAUUUUACAAUGAAGCAGAUUUUAACUUUGCGGAAAGAACUUUUCAAAGCUUGUGAAGGUGAAACUGCAGUCAAUGAACUUCCAUCUCAAAUAUUUGUGCUUCUUGAAACAGUCAGGAAAUACAUAAAUCCAACAAUACUUGCAAAUGUACUUAAAUCAGUGAUUCCAGAGAGUUUUGUCUAUUUAAAAGAGGAAGAAGAUUUAAAAAAUGUGGAUGAACCUUUUGACAGUGAUGAGAACAGUGACGAUGAUACGGAUGGUGAAAAUGAUACAACAUCACAUGCACAUAUACAAAAACAAAAUUCGUUUGAAGUGCUUACUUCUGUUAAAGAUAGUUUAGAGUCCCAGGGCUAUGAUGAAGGGUAUAUACUGGCUGCUCUACAAGUUUGUGGGCGUGAAGCAACAAAGGCUGAUCUUCUUGCGUGGGUAUUUAACUGUAAUGAUGACGAAGAAAGCAUCUUGGCUUUAUCGCAAGAAGCAAAGCAAAAUCCUCGUCUUUCUGAUCUUAUAACCAAAAUAUUUGGCACAGAUUCUGAAACAAAAAAUGAUUAUAUUUUAUUGCAAACCUCUCCACAAUCUAGAAAAAUUGGUGAAGAAGAUAAAAAGGACAGCAAAUAUUUGUCUUUGGAAAUUUUAACUGCUGUAUUGGAAAAGAUUUCUGAAAAAGAAUGUAGUCGAGUAGAUCGCAAUUUUCCACCAGUUUUCAAAGAAGGAGAACCAAAUCUAUUGCUUGUCUCGAAAGGUGAAGUUUUUGGUUGCGUGUUGUCUCUUUUCAUGGGAUGUGAAAAUGAAAUGUUACCAAGCGUCGAAGAGGUGGUUGUUUGUGACCAGAGCACGACAUCAGAAGAGGUUGAGCUACUUUGGCGACGAGCUGUCGUUGACGAUACUGGUCGAUUGUUUUGUCUUGUUAAUGCAGAUCUUUUGGACUUUGACGUCAGUCAGGAAGCAUUACGUUUACUUGAAUUGUUAACACAAGGACACCCAAAAUAUCGUUUGGUGGUGGUAUGUAGCAUUGAAAACGACAAAUCAAACAUAGUGAAAUCAUUAGAUCAUUAUCGACGCUCACUUCCUCCACUAACGUCAUUGGAUUGUAUCCAAAGAUAUCUGAAAGAAAAAUUUGUAUAUCAACCUCCUGAUGAUGACAAUGUUUGCACUGCAGCAGCUAUUGUAGAUCAAGAAAAAUUAUCUGUGCGUUUAAUCAAGUCUUCUAGAGCAGGAAUGGGGAAAAGUUUAAUUGUGAAACGUCUUACUAAACGAUUAGAAACAAUUUCAAACACAAAAAAGAAAAAUUUUCAAUCAACUUUGUGCUGUACUAUCCCAGUCCAUGGAGUGUGUGUUGAUAGUAAUGCGAUCACUCGUCACCUUCUUUCACAUACGUUAAAAAGAGGUGAUUCUCUUUCAAGAAUUUUUCAUCUGGAUGUUUCUCAGUCGGUAUCAAAAGGGCUUGAUGACUUUCUGUUUAAACUGUUGAUCCUUGGAUCUGUCAAAGAUAACAAUGGAAAUAUUUGGCGAAGAAAAACAACCGAUUUGUAUAUUGUUGAACACACAACUGACAAGACAUUUGCAAUGCUAACAUCUGAAAAUUUACCUACAAGUCAAAAUCCGAACACACGAAAUCGACCAUCAAGGGGAAAGUAUUCGUUUAUAAAGUUUUUACCAAGCAUCCAUUGUCUUUCACCAAGGGAAGCAUUAAGAAAUAUGAAGUUGCAAAGGCUUGGAGAUACAAGUUUCGACAAAGAGGAAUUCAAUAGUGAAGAAUAUCAACGAGCAUUCCAAUAUUUAUUGCGUAUCAAGAAAGGUGAUAACUUGGACAAUUUUUCGUACGAAAACGAUUCUUGUGCUGAUGUAAGCGAUCCCGUUGAAUCUCUAACUGUUUUAAUCCAAUAUUGUGGAAUACAUGAUCCAUCAUGGGCUGAACUUCAUCACUUUGCAAACUUUUUGAAUGUUCAAUUGGAUGAUUGUGAAAAAAGUGUAUUUUGUGACAAUAGUUUAGUUGAAGAUAGAUUGAAAGGCUUUAAGACAUUUGUUGUUCGUUUUAUGAUCAAAAUGUCAAGGGACUUUGCUACAAGAUCAUUGAAUGAUUCCAAUUUGAAUGUUGAUGAAAUUAAAGAGAAAAUGAAUGAUGAUCUAAAGCCCUUCCAAAUUCGCCGAAAAUGGGAAUUAAGUCCUCAUCCAUAUAUUUUGUUCAACAAUGAUCGUAACAGUAUGACAUUUUUGGGGUUCUUGUUGAAUGAUAACGGAGAUUUGCUGGAUCCUGGAAGUAAAAAUAUUUUAGAAAAACGCUUGAUGCCCGCAAAGUUAAGAGAACAACUAAAGAUACAAGGGGUGGAUUUUGAUGUAAACUACGAAAUAAGUGGACGUGAAGCACGAAUUGACGCUUUAUGUCAAGUAAUGGGAAUUGAUCAUCCUAAUGAUCCUGAUCCAACGUACGAGCUUACUACCGACAAUGUGGAGAAAAUCUUGGCCAUUCACAUGAGAUUUAGAUGUGGAAUUCCUGUCAUUAUCAUGGGGGAGACAGGUUGUGGUAAAACAAGUUUGAUACGGUUUAUGUGCCAGCUUCAGGCUGGACCUAAUGGACCUAAAAACCUAAUCCUCAUGAAGGUUCACGGUGGAACAAGCUACGAGGAAAUAGAAAAUAAAUUCGCUGAGGCUGAAAAAUUGGCUUCGUACAACCAGAAGAAAAAUAUUGACACAAUUUUGUUCUUUGAUGAAGCAAAUACAACAGAUGCAAUUGAUCUAAUCAAAGAGAUAAUGGUUGAUCGACGAGUGAAUGGACGAUAUAUCGAUCCAAAAUUGACUAGUCUUCAUUUUAUUGCUGCGUGUAAUCCAUACAGGAAACACACUGAUGAGAUGAUAAAAAAAUUGGAAUCAGCUGGUUUGGGUUACCAUGUUUCUGCUGACGAGACUGAAGAUAAACUAGGCUCCAUUCCUCUCCGCCAGCUCGUGUAUCGUGUCCAUCCUUUACCAGAAAGUAUGAUGCCUCUCAUUUGGGAUUUUGGUCACCUGUCAGAUAACACAGAAAAAGUUUAUACCAAACAGAUAGUUGAACGAUGUGUAACUGUUCAAUCAACAACGUCUACUUUAUCAAAUGGAAAAAUAUGUGGAACCGAUGCUCAAAUUUCAUGUAUUGCUAAAAUUUUGUCAGCCUCCCAAGAAUUCAUGCGUGAGCAAAAGAAUGAAUGCAGUUUUGUCAGUCUUCGUGAUGUUGAAAGGUCAAUGACAGUUAUCAACUGGUUCUACAACAAUUAUGAUUUGAUGCAGAAUAGUAUUAAGAACUCUGAAUAUCAUCUACGUGAUCGAAAAGUAUCUUAUGAUUCCAGUGACACCAACGAAGAGGAAAGUGAUGAAGAGUUUCAGCCUUUAAAUCGUUUUGUAUUUUCCAUCGUCCAAGGUAUUGGUGUUUGUUACUAUGCACGACUAAAUGAAAGACAUGCGUAUUGCCAGUACAUUUGUGCCUUUUUUGACAAUUCAUGCCCACUUCCUGGAGGUGUUAAAAGGAUGAAGGAUGAAAUAGUAAAGUGUCAAAGAGCGUUUUUGCACGAAGUGAAACUUGACCGAAAUAUUGCAAGAAAUACAGCUCUUAGUGAAAAUGUAUUUAUGAUGGCGAUAUGUGCAGAACUACGACUCCCAUUGUUUGUAGUUGGUAAACCAGGAAGCUCAAAGUCUCUGGCAAAAGACGUAAUUUCAACAAACAUGACAGCUGGAAAUUCUAGCAGCGAGUUGUUUAAGAAUCUGAAACAGAUUCACAUGCAAUCAUAUCAAUGCAGCCCUUUAUCUACGCCUGAAGGGAUCAUCUCCAUCUUUAAACAAUGUUCCCAACUUCAGAGAGACAAAGAUGUGAAGAAGUUUGUCUCCGUAGUUGUGUUGGACGAGAUUGGUUUAGCAGAAGAUUCACCAUUGAUGCCACUGAAGACACUUCAUCCAUUACUUGAAGACGGUACAGCCACCUCUGAAGACUCUGGAAAAGAGCUUGAUUAUAACAAUGUAGGUUUUAUUGGUUUAUCUAACUGGGCGUUGGAUCCUGCUAAAAUGAAUCGUGGAAUAAUAUUGAGUAGAGGAACACCAAGUGACGUUGAACUUUUUCAUAGCGCAAGAGGUAUAUGCUCAUGUGAUGAUGUUGAUUAUGAUAUUGAAGAAAUCUUGAAAAAGUUGUGCAAAGGAUAUUUUGAAUUGUACAAAAUGCAAAAACAUUCAAAAACGUUGAAAAUUGCCCAAAAGGAUGAAUUCUUUGGUCUCAGAGACUUUUAUAGUCUUAUAAAGAUGGUAAAUGAAUCAGCCAUAGUUAAUACGGAAGGCGUUCAGAUCGAUCAUACUGAAUUAAAGCACUGCAUUCUGAGAAAUUUUAGUGGCUUGGAUGAUGUUGAUCCUGUCAAGAUCUUUAGCUGUCAUUUUCGAGAACUCGAAAAUUUAAUGAGUCCUUCGAUGCAAUGUCUUCCCAUAACUCUCAUUCAAAAUAGCUUGAGAAGAACAGAUAAUAAAGGAGAAAGUCGCUAUUUACUAGUUUUGACAGAAAACUAUGCCGCAUUGAGAUUACUUCAAGGAAAUGAUUCUCAAAGUGAGCACGAGCCAGAAGUUAUUUUUGGCAGCAGUUUUCCGAAAGACCAGCAAUACAUACAGAUUUGUCGGAAUAUAAAUCGUAUCAAAGUGUGCAUGGAAACAGGAAGAAUGGUGAUUUUACUUAACUUGGAAAGUCUUUAUGAAAGUCUUUAUGAUGCUCUAAACCAGUAUUACGUGUAUCUUGAUCAACAAAAGUACGUCGAUCUUGGCCUGGGAAACCACAGAGUCAAGUGCCGUGUUGCUGAAAAUUUUAAAUUGAUAGUGAUUGCUGAAAAAGAUGACGUUUAUAAGCGCUUUCCAAUUCCUCUUAUUAAUCGUCUUGAGAAACAUUUGCUGGUGAUGUCAACUGGUUUGACUAAACCUCAAACUGUUUUAGUUAAAGAACUUAAGGAUUGGGUGGAACGUUUCUCCACGGUGAAGCUCGAAAAUUCAGCACAAAAAAGUUUAUUUGAGCCAGGGGAUUGUUUUGUUGGUUAUCACAGCGAUACAGCAGCCACUGUCGUGAUUAAAAACUACAAAAUAAUUAUUCUGAUCCUAAGAUACUUGAAAACUCAAAGAAAACUCUUUUACAAUGUGCAUCUCCUGAUGCAAUUGCCAGACUCACAGCAUCAGACUUAAAACAUAAUGCCAGCGAAAUCAAUGAUGAAUAUUACAAAAACCAACAACACGGAAGU